ACAACUGAGAGCACAACUGUUAGUACAACAGAGACAACUACACCAGCCACAACAACUGAGAGUACAACUGAGACAACUACACCAGUCACAACAACUGAGAGCACAACUGUUAGUACAACAGAGACAACUACACCAGCCACUACAACUGAGAGCACAACUGUUAGUACAGCUGAAACAACUAAACCAGUCACAACAACUGAGAGCACAACUGUUACUACAACUAAAACAACUACACCAGUCACAACAACUGACAGCACAACUAGCACAACUGUUAGUACAACUUUAACAACUACACCGGCCACAACAACUGACAGCUCAACUGUUAGUACAACAGAAACAACUACACCAGCCACAACUGAGAGCACAACUGUUAGUACAACAGAGACAACUACACCAGCCACUACAACUGAGAGCACAACUGUUCGUACAACUGAGACAACUACACCAGCCACUACAACUGAGAGCACAACUGUUAGUACAACAGAGACAACUACACCAGCCACAACAACUGAGAGC